AAAGAGCCAGAGCUGCCAAAGAGAGAUUGUAUGAGGUGACAGGGCAGGAUCAGCUCAGCAAGGCUUUUUUGGGGAGACAGAAUCUUUUGAGGAGUUUACAAUAAGGUCCAAAUUAUGGAUUAUAAAACUGGAAGGAAAACAACAAAUGCCAGGAUUUUUUGAACAGAGGCCCACUAAAAGGCACAAUGCCUUAGGAGCUACUGGCUGUACAAAAUCCUGACUGGGGCCCCAAACUCUGGGCCCUGUAGCGCUAGCAGCAGAGUGUAUAAUUUUGAGGUCUGUGUGGCAUGAAUGACUGCACAACUAAGGACGGAACUCUUUGUUAGCAAGCCUGCAUCAUGACCUCAGUUGAGAAGCGCCGCUCAGGUCGAAAGAGUGGCGGGCAUCGAAAGCACAGUGAUGGAGGCUACAGUGACACCUCAAGUGGUGGGUCCUUUCUGGAUGAGACCGACCGUGAGGUCAGCAGUCUGACUGAUCGAGCAUUCAGGAGUCUCUGCAUUGGAGAUGAGGCUGUUUAUAAUGACUCAGACCUCUGUUCAUCUUCACCCUGCUCCCAGAGAGACAGACAGCUGGCCUUCAGCCAGAGUGUCCAGGACAGAGACAGGGAGGACAGAGAGAGGGAGGAACUUAAGAGAGCUGCACAUGAGAGCUUCAGCCUCAGGAUGCAGCACUAUGGACAGGACUGGAUGCAUGGAGGCAUGUACGGGGCUAAGAUCCACAGAGAUCCACAGUGGCAGGUUUAUGGGGAAAGGACACAGGGGAGGGUUUCUGCCACAUUCCAGCACUCUUUUGUGGAAACUUCCCAACAGGGGGAAUCUUUGAGGGAAGAGCAGCUCUCCUUCCUCAGCAACGGAGCCACAGAGUUGAGUUCGCAGCAACGCAGAAGCCGCUCCAGAGUUUCCUCUCUUAUUCGUGCUUUUAACUCUGAGGGAAACAGAGAUGGAGCAGGGAUGGAUGAGUUUCCGAAAUGGUAUGAGACAUCAAUGUACAGGGAACUUUCACUUGAGGCCCAAUCACAGGUUCCUUAUAGGUUUGAAGAGCGAGGUAUCCGACCCCCAAGGAAUGACUUGGUGCCUGUGGCUCCUCCCACUCCUUCACGCUCCAACUCAACAUCCACAAUGCUGCAGAAAGCUUUGGCCGUGGAGAAACGGUGCGAGUCAGAGCUGGUAGGUCAUUACCCCCACAGGAAGCGAACACAGAGUCUGGGUACUAACAGACUCCCAUCCCAACGUCCAUCAACUGCAUCGCCUACCACUGAGAUGUCUCGACGUGUCCAGGACACCAUCAGCUCCGUCAAAGCCCUCCAACAAAAAAUCAAAAUGAUGACAGAGGAAAAUAUCACAACUGGGAUGACAGAGAAUCAUCAAGCAGUGCAUUGUAGCAACAAUAAUUUAAUUCCCUACGGCAACAAAACAGUUGUGCCAAAUGUUGUCAGCAGCAACACAACCACAACUCCCUUCAGCAUUAGCCAGCUGCUCACGCCUUUAGUCAGUGCACAUCUAGAGGCUGAGACAUCAGAGGUCCCGCAAUAUGCAGUUUCCCCUCAACCUGUGGAGCAUCCUCCAGUGCGAGCAGAAAGCAGGGGAGCCACUCCUGACAUUAGGAUGUCCAGCUACAAAGCCAGAGCCACAAGUCUACUCUUCAAUCUCAAAGACAACCGGAAAAGAGUAAAAAGCACCUACAGUCCUACCAAGUUUAAAGGCUUGGACACAAUUGAGAAGAACAAACAGCUCUCGAUCCGAGAGCCGAGAGACACGGUGAUAGAUAUUCCUGAUUUUCCAGAUCCAGACAUUCAAUUUUCCCAGGUAGAAGAAUCCAGCAGAACAAAUGCUGUCUCACAUCAAUAUCUAAACCAAUAUAAUAGCUCUGGACUGUCACUUGCAACACUGAAUUCUCAACCUGCAACAGCACAUACAGGCCAAUAUCUAGAAUACACUUCAAGUGAUUACCAGGCAGCACACAGGCAAGUGGCAAACCAAGUAGAACACAGACAGUUUGUUGAGGUCAAGGCUGAACAGGCCAGAGCGGAACAUAUAAAAGCACAACACGCCCAAGCAGAGCUGGCACAAGCUCAGCACUGGGCUCAAGUGGAGCAGUCCAAAGAGCAGCAGAGGAGAGCUGCACAAGAGGAGCAGCAAAGAAGAGCUGCACAAGAAGAGCUACAAAGAAGAGCUGCACAAGAAGAGGAGCAGCAGAGGAGAGCUGCACAAGAGGAGCAGAAAAGAAGAGCUGCACAAGAAGAGCUGCAAAGAAGAGCUGCACAAGAGAAGCAGCAGAGAAGAGCUGCACAAGAGGAGCAGCAAAGAAGAGCUGCACAAGAAGAGCUGCAAAGAAGAGCUGCACAAGAGGAGCUGCAGAGGAGAGCUGCACUAGAGGAGAAGCAGAAAAGAGUUGUACAAGAGGAGGAACAGCUAAGGAAAGCUGCUCAAGAGGAGCAGCAGAGGAGAGCAGCACAAGUGCAGCAGCAGAGGAGAGGAGUGCAAGAAGAGAAGCAAAGGACAGCCGCUAUGAUUGAAGAGCAGCAAAGGCGAGCUGCUCUCAUUGAGGAACAGCAAAGGAGAGCUUCUAAGAUUGAGGAGCAAAGAAGAGCGAAAAAGAGUGAGGAAAAGAUUCAAGUUGAUAAUGAUGAGGAAAAGACUAGUAAACAGAGAUUGGAGGAGAAAAACGCUCAAUUUUCAGAGGAGGAAAGAAUCAAACAGACCCAGGAGCACAAGAAAGCAGAACACCAGACUGAAGAGCAGGGAGAAAGACAGAGCAGAGAAGAAUGGAUGAGAACACACAGGGGGGAGGAGGAAAGGCGAGCUGUUCAAAAAGAGAAAACACUGCUAAAACAAAAAGUAGAAAAGCAAGGCAUCGAGGAGACUACUGGACUCCUCGAGGAAAGCCAAGCAACACUGAAGGAGGAGAAACAUGUAACACAAGAACAGAUGAUAGCUCAAAGAGAGAAUGAGAUUAGGUCUAAAAAGAGAGAAGAUGAAGAGCUUGCAGCUAACAGAGAAAAGGAGAUAGCUGCUCAGAUAGAGGAGAAGAAAAAAGCAGCACAAGGGAUGGAUGCUCUUCAGUACUAUGCCAUCACCUCAACAGAAUCAAAGAGGAGACCCAGAGAAAGACAAUUAAGUUCCCCCUUGCCUUCCCAAAGAAGGUACAAUCCAUCAGGGCUUGAGUCAGCUGAAGAAUCCUACACAAGGCCUUACAGGCCACAAGCCCCUGCAUCCCCAGCUCCAUCUCUGCCCCGCUCUAAUACAUCCUCUCCAGCAUUGGGAACCAAACCCAUAAUGUUCAAGGUGAAAGAUAACACCAUCAGAGGAUCCUCUUUCACCAAGUCAGUCAAACCACGCUUUCAUAAGAAUUUUGGAGAGGAUUUGCAAGUAGGUUCAUCCAUAGGCUCAGAGAGAGGAGAGGUGGAGCAAGAGUCAAUGAAACACAGUGCUGUAUCUCCUUUCCAUCAUGACAUAGGGGUAAGCAGACUUGCUGCUAUCAAAGAAUCAUCAACUUUUCAACCAGCAUCUACAUCACAGGAUUACUCAGUCCCUCUCUCACAUCACAGGCCUUACUCCAGGAGGAGCAUCGCUCUAGAUGACGACUCCCGCUCUGUCAUCAGCAACAUGUCAGAGGACGUGGAGAGUUUUGCCACGAGUGCAACAGACCUGGCAGAUGUACGAGGUCUCUAUGACUACGAGAGGCCAGAAUCAGCCUGUAGCUUCAGCAGUGAUGUGUCCCGUUCUUUGGGAAAGCCUCCAGCUGUUCCCCCAAAGAGUGAGAAAGCCUUGCGCAGGGCAAAAAGGUUGACUACUCGGAGAAUCAAGAAGGAGUUGUCCAAAGCUGUAGAAGACAGCCCUACUGGAAUUGAGAAACCUCUUCAAGAAGUCUCCAGUAUUCCUUCCUCCUCCUCCAGUGAGGUAUGCUCUUCCAACCGCAAUGCUAUGGCUUCCCCUCAUUUUUCCCCACCUGUUUCCCUCGCUCAUGCACCAAGACUGGAGUCUAGCUUGGCUUCUUCCCAUACAGAGCACCAAUGUUCUCACAGCUCUUUUUAUGCUUCCCCUCAUGCCACUGGUCCUAUCUCCCUCCCAGCUGCCUCACCUCAUGCUACUCUCCCUGUUUCCCUUCCUGUUGCCUCGCCUCACACUUCUGGCCCUGCUUCCCACUUUGCUGCUUCUAAGACAAUUGCUGAUGUUCCCUCUUCUCCCACUCUUUAUCAUGCCAACCACCCAGCUCCAGUGACCCAGUACCAUGUAGAGUCAAGCUACCCGCAGUCCUACCCACUGACCCAGCGUAAGGUGCUGCAGGACCUUGGCUCUGGUCAGUAUUUUGUAGUGGAUGUGCCUGUUCAAGUGAAAACGAAGACUUUCUUUGACCCAGACACAGGAAAGUAUGUACAGCUGAAUGUGCGCGAGUCUGCCAAGAGCACCUCCCAACCCCGGCCCCAGCCCCAGCAAACAUACCUACAGCCUCACCUUCAACCCCAAAUUCGUGUCAAGCCGCAACAGAAAUCCCUCUCCCAGGAUACUCCAGCUGGCAAGCCCCUUGCACUUUAUCAAGCCUACCAUGGUUAUCCCCAAAGCCACAAACCUGCAGGUAUCAACUCUGUACCUCCCAACAGGUCAUCAGCCCCCGUGACUCUCCACCAGGACCAGCAGCCUGUCAGGGAGAGCCACAGUUAUGAAUAUCCAGCCUGUGAAAUGGGACAGAAUUCUGAAGGGCAUCACUUCAGUCCAGAGAAGACUCCAUACAUGGACACAGUUAAUGAUAAAGACAAAACAUAUAACACAGUUUACAGCACACCUGGCUCAUAUGAGUCGUUCCCAGAGUGUGACACAAACAGCCAGCUUGCAGGAAGCUCAGUUUGUGAAAGUGAUAACUCAGCCCACUCACGAUAUCAGCCCCGUGAUAUAAUAACCAUGAGUGAACUGGAGGAUUUUAUGGAGAUGUCUGACUGGUGAGAGCAAAGACCAGUUAACACUGACUCGAAUAGAAAAAACAAGUGGAAUAAAGACAUGCCAGUGUACAGUAUGAAUGGAUCAGUAUAUGCAGUAUUUUAAGUGUCUGUAAAUGACUUUUUCAAGUGAAAAUAGUCUCUGAAUGUGGUUGAUUUAUCGUAUCAAAAAGCAGUAUAAAAAGUUCUGUUAAAUUGCUGCUGUUAAUUUUGACGAUUCAUUGUUGUUAAGCUAUUUAUUUUGUCACAGAGAAGUUCACCAUUCCAUUUGACUUGUGAAUGUUAGACGCUAAGAAAUGUUUCUUGUGUAUACGAUAUGAUCAGUGUCCCUUUGCCUUCUAAGCCUAGAGGUAUGUUAUCAUAGAUCAGAAGUAUGCCUAUAGUCGUUAGUCGUUUGGAGAAAUGUUGGUUUCUGCUAUGAACACUGGCAGGCCUGCUUAAGUUUUCAUUAUUUUGUUCUUGUUGGAGAAAUCUUACAUUUGGCAUUUUGUGAUGCAUGAAAUGUUGUUGAAAGCACAGGGUCAGUUUGUGUAUUCAACAUUGUGAUGAGAUUUUAUUGCUGUUUUAACGGUUUAACAUCAUACAGUAGUCUGUUUGUGAGAAUAUUUCUGUUGCUGUGAAACAGAGUAGCGUGACAUGGACAAUAAAAACACACUUCAUUCAACCAAAUCACUUCUCACCACAUUGACUAUCUUUCAAAAUCACCUUGUAAAGGUUACAAAUAAACAAAAAGGAAAUAAAAAGAUUACUGGUACAGGCUGAUUUCAUUUUACUACUCAAAAGACUGUAAUAACAAUAUAAUGUUAAUGUCACUGGCAACCUGCUCUUGAAAUGUACCCUUGGUGUGAAUGAUUCAAAAUGAAGAGUCUUUUCACUGAUUGCAUGAGACAGUUGCAGCGUGUUAUUGAGAGAGCACAGUAAUGUCUCCUGAGACAGUUCAUAUAACAAAAAAGACAAAAUAUCAUUUUGUGGAGGCCAUUUGUGUGUGUUCGUCCUUUUUCACGGCAUGCGUCAAUGCAAAU